CCAUUUUGAUCCUCAUUCCUGCAAUCUCAGUCCAAAGUCUGAAGCUUUCUUGUAAACAACCUUUUUCUGGGGCUCCUAGAUUUUGUCAGGUUUGAUUAUAUUUAUGUCUUUCAGCUUCUUUUUCCAAGUUGUUUGAUUAAUGUUUGUGUUGGUGUUCUGAUUUAGAGUUUCUGCUUUCUGGGUCUCAUCUCAUGACUUCUUCGUCUAGAUUUGGUUCAUAUUGUCUUGGUAAGGUUUUGAUUUUUCUGUUUCUGUGUCUGACCUACGGUUAUAUUUGACUUUCCUUCAAUCAUCACUUCAUGAUUUUUCUAUGCCCUUUUUUGUUGGGUAUUUGUCAAAUUUGAUUGAUGACCAAUUUAUUGCAUACAAAUAUAUGAAUUCUUGAUUUGGGAAAGUAGUCGGAUUGAUUUUCAUAAAAGGGAAAAAAAAAAAAAAAAGGAGGCAUCUUCUUUUGCCUGCUGUUGAAUGUUGGAAGCUUGUUUUGGGGUUUUGCAAAGGCACUCCUAGAGUCCUAGCAUUUCUGGUUCAGUUGUUGUGGUUGAAUACAAAGUGGGUCUUUAGUUGAGCUCUGUGAUUGAUUUGGGUUUUGGAUCUAGUAUGGCUAAGAGGGGUUGUGAGUCUUUGGUUUCAAAAUUAGAAGGAGAAGAAAAUUUGAUUGCUGCUGCAGAGCAUCUUGUGAAGGCAUUAGGGUCAAAGAAGAACCUCUCAUCGGAUAUGAGGAAAGUUUUGGCAGAUCUUGGCACCCAAUUGUCAAGCAUGGCUGCCACGGUUGAUGAUAACAGGGUUGAGGGAAAUGGAAUAAGUGAAAUUGAAGAGCAACUAAAUGUUGUUCAGGAGGAGAUCCUGAGUUGGGAGGCUGAUCAGUCUAUGAUUUGGGGCUCAGGUCCGGGUGAAGCUUCACAAUAUUUAAAUGCUGCAGAGGGAGCUCGAGAGUUGACUCAGAGAUUGGAGAGUCUUCAUUUAGAUAGCCUGGAAGGUAAGCAGUUGUUACGAAGAUCUCAUGAAAUUCUUCAGACAGCAAUGGCAAGGCUUGAGGAAGAGUUUAAACACAUGCUUGUUGAGAAUAGGCAACCCUUGGAGCACAUGUCCUUCCGUUCAAAUGAGGAGGAAGUUGUGGAUGAGGGCUCCGUAAUUUCUUAUGGGGAUGACUCCUUUGAUGAGUCAACCCACCAGGAUAUCAUCAGCAGAGCAUCAGAUGAGCUUAUUGUUGAUUUGGUUCAUCCAGAUGUGGUUCCUGACCUCAGAAACAUUGCAAAUUUGAUGUUCUUGUCAAAUUAUGAUCAUGAAUGUAUGCAGACCUAUGUCAUUGUUCGAAAAGAUGCCUUGGAUGAGUGCCUCUUCAAUCUUGAAAUGCAGAAAGUGAGUAUUGAGGAUGUGCUGAAGAUGGAAUGGGGUAGCUUGAAUUCCAAAAUCAAGCGAUGGAUUUGGGUUAUGAAGAUCUUUGUGCGGGUGUAUCUUGCAAGUGAAAAGGGACUCAGUGACCAAAUAUUUCUGGAUGUUGGUUCAGCUAAUUUAUCAUGUUUCGUUGAGGCAUCAAAGGCUCCAAUGCUGCAGCUACUUGACUUUGCUGAGGCCAUAUCAAUUGGCCCUCACCAACCAGAAAAGUUACCUCGAAUUCUUGACAUGUAUGAGGUGCUAGCUGAUCUGCUUCCAGACAUAGGCGCUUUGUUCCCAGAUGGGGUUGGUUCUUGUGUAAGAAUUGAGUUUCAUGAUGUUCUGAGGAGAUUGGGCAAUACUGUGAGGGUAACAUUUCAUGAAUUCAAGAAUGCCAUUGCAUCAAACACAUCAAUAAACCCCUUUGCAGGAGGUGGAAUUCACCAUCUGACCAAAUAUGUCAUGAAUUACAUUCAAUUUCUUACUGACUACAGUGAGACCCUCAAUUCGCUCCUCAAGGACCUUGAUGAAGCUGAUUCAAGCUCACUUUUGCUUGACAUGAGUCCAGCUGCAGAGGAGGAAAGCACCAGUUUCUCAGGCAAUUCUUCUCACAUAGCUAUCCACUUCAGAUCAAUGACUUCUAUUCUAGAAGCCAACCUUUAUGAGAAAUCGAAGUUAUACAAAGAUGCUUCCUUGCAGCACUUCUUCUUGAUGAACAACAUACAUUACAUGUCUCAGAAGGUUAAAAAUUCAGAGCUCAGGCUUGUCUUCGGAGAUGAGUGGAUUCGGAAGCACAACUGGAAAUUCCAGCAGCACGCAAUGGACUACGAGAGAGCCACUUGGAGUUCAGUUCUCACUUUACUGAAGGAUGAUGGCAACUCCAGCACAGCUUCCAUUUCAAAGAACCUUCUUAAGGAGAGGUUCAGAAGCUUUUUCAUUGCUUUUGAGGAGGUAUACAAAACACAGACAGCAUGGCUUAUCCCAAAUGUACAGCUUCAAGAAGAUUUGAGAAUUUCAACCUCCCUCAAGGUUCUCCAGGCAUACCGUACUUUCGUGGGAAGACACAGCAAUCACAUAAGUGAGAAACACAUUAAGUACAGCCCUGAUGAUCUGCAGAAUUACUUGUUGGACUUCUUUGAGGGAUCCCAAAAAUCAUUGCCUAAUCCAAGUAGGAGGUGAUAAGAAUGUAGGUUGAUACAUCUGUUUCAUCUUCUUUUCCCCUUUUGUUUUUGUAACUUGUACUUUUGAUUAAAAAAAUAGAUGGUUAAUAGUUAACACAUAAAGGAGAUUUAUCCCAUCUCCCCAAUGUUGUGGCCUGCCUUAGAAAUGAUAAUUCCUGGUUGUUAAUAAUUGCUAUUGUUCAUA